AUGGGGUGCAUGCGUGAUGCCAUCCUGGAGGCGCUGGAGAACCUGACUGCAGAGGAGUUCAAGAAGUUCAAGACGAAGCUGCUUUCAGUGUCGCUGCACGAAGGCUACGGACGCAUCCCACGGGGGACGCUGCUACCCACGGAUGCUGUGGACCUCACCGACAAGCUCGUCAGCUACUAUCUGGAGGCGUACGGUGCCAACCUCAUGGCGCUCGUGCUUCGCGACAUGGGCAUGCAGGAGACCUGGGGCAAGGGGGAGCUCGCCUCCUCCACCCUCCGCGCAGAGUGUUCAAGAGGGACAGGCUCCAGCACCCACACUGGUCCCAGCUCAUCCCCUCUCCUCCUUCCCGCCCCAGCACUGCACUUUGUGGAGCAGCAUCGGGCGGCCCUCAUUGCGCGGGUCACAGACGUGGAUGGGGUGCUGGACGCCCUGUACGGGAAGGUCCUGACAGAGGAGCAGUACCAGGCAGUGCGGGCGGAGCGCACCAAUCCUACCAAGAUGAGGAAGCUCUUCAGCUUUGCUCCAGCCUGGAACCGGACCUGCAAGGAUCUGCUCCUCCAGGCCCUGAGGGACACCCAGCCCUACCUGGUGGUCGACCUGGAGCAGAGCUGA